AUGCAGCAUUACUUUCAACCCUGGAAGAAGCAGAAGGACAAUUACCAAAAGUCCAGGUAAAAUAAGGGACCUUAUCUCCAGUUACAUGUUGUUACACUCAUAAAAGCUACUACACUUAAAACAUACACACACAAGGACAAAAUUGUCGGUACCUGCCUAUUAAAGAAAGAAAAAUCCACAAUGGUCACAGACAUACUUUUGAAAUGUUGUUAAAAACAAUUAUUUAAAAAAAAAACCCUGACUGAUUAAAUUGGCCUGGACAAAGUAGUUGGUGCCUGUAGAAAAGAUUGAAAACAAUUUGACCAUAUUGACAUGUUGACCUAAAGUUGUCCCGUUGUUAGCAGGUGUCACAGGUGUCUUUAAUCUUCAAAGGUUAAGGCUAUAAGACCAUCUAAAAGCAGCUUGAUGUUCCUCUGACAACAGUUGCAAAUAUUAUUCAGAAGUUUGGGGUCCAUGGGACUGUAACCAACCUCCCAAAGAUGUGGACAAAAAAGCAAGACUGGAAUCUGCCAAACUGCAUAACGAUAAGAUACAAAUCUUUCCGCCAAACAAUACUGCCAUUGCCUUUGUCUCAUGGUCCUCUUUGAUAUUCCUUGUUUGAUGGGAAGGAGAAACACAUUUGCCCAGGACUGGAUGGUUGAGUCAUCAUUAAAAACUUUCUAGAAUGCUGUCUGUUUGUUAUCACUAAAAACUUGUAGCACAACCUGUGAACACUAAGAAAAACAGCAACCGGUAACACAAGUCACCAGCCAGGACUUGUUUCAUCCCACCAAUGUUAUACGCUUUGGUAGCUUUGGACUUCUCUGAAUAGAAAUAGAGACCUCUAUUGUUCAUCCCAGCAUGGUGGAAGAGAAGAAUGAGGAAGCCUUGAAAUACUGAUGCAAUACGUGACCUUAGACUGUGUAAGCAUCAAAUGUUUUCACACAAUGAAAAUCUACAUCAGAUUUCUCUUAACAUGAAUUGGAAGAAGAACAGCUAAGUAGGAAGGAGAAGUGGAAAUAAGGAGGUGCAUUAGAUCAGAGGAACUCAAUGCCAGAGUAAAUAUAGUACAUUCUAAAGUCCCAUGAGUUCUUCAAACACAAAGGGAUCUCACCCAAAAGACCCGAGACUGCUUCGGCUUCCUUGGGUGAGUUUGUGGAGUCAGCGGCUCUUAUUAAUCAAAUGAACGUAUGGCAGAAAAGUGUCCAUACGACCAUUUCCAUGCAAGAAUCGACAUUUAUCAAUUUGGAUGUGAGCGAAUGAACGAUACGAUCAAAUCUUACAACAGGUCUCACAUCGUGUACACAAAUUUGAGUAAGAUUUGCGGUGCAGCAAAUGUCUGUCGUAAAAUAAUUAAUACACAAACCUCAAACCUGUCAUUAAGCACAAGCAGCCAGAUUUCGACAAGGAUUAAUAAAUAAAUAAAAUGAAUUUCUCAUGCCUAUAGAGUGAAUGGGCCUAUUUAAUUACCCUGCCGACCAACACUGCCACAGAGCAGGAGCGCAGUUUUGACACACGCACAUGCGCCUAUGUGGUGCGCUGCUUUUGACUCCAAAAAGGCACUCCAAACACUUUCAAUAAUAGGAGCGAUGUAGCUUAUGUUAUGGCAAUCAAAAAAAAAUGAGGCAUGUAUGAGAUAUGAAUUUAUCAGCAUUAGGAAUUUAUUGACUAAUGAUUUACCGCUACUGUAAUCCUGUUCGAGACAGGGUUUUUCUGGACUCCCUUUAUAACAGUUUUGAUGCCUCCAAAGAGCACAUCCUUGAUAGUUUCCAUCACAGAGGUGAGGAUAUCCACUUUCAGCUUUCAGUUGUAGUCAUGGUUCAGCUUCUGAACCAUGAAUAUUUAAGGGCAUGACAUGUAAAUGGCAAUUGAUUUCAGCCGCCACUUUUAUCAAGACCCAAUCAUUAGUAUGCUGGGAUUGGUCAGGUACGAACCCUUUCAUAAAUCUAACGUGUGUCCUAUCAUACCAUGAAUCCUGCGUUUAGAUCUGUGCUCAGUUAUACCUAGAUUGAUAAAUGAGGGCCAGUAUGUCUGCAACAGAAGAAGACCCUUUUUAAGUAUAAGCUGUAAAAAUGUACCUGUUCAGUCAGCCCUCAUUCUCUUCUGACACUUUUGUCUCUAUUUUUCCAAAGAGCUCAGCUGAAGAGUGAGUGUCAGGGUUUUGAGAAGGCCAUCAUUACCCAGGCCAACACUCCAGUGGGAACCAAGCUGGUCUAUGAUGGAGAAAAGAGGACUAUCGAGGUGACACCAGAGAUGUUUAGCACCUUUACAAAGGUAUUUGUAUUUGUGCUGCUACUACAUACUGUAAAUAUUUUGUAUUUAACCUAUAAAAAUUAUAACACAACUAUCCAGGUAUGUCAUACACUCACUUCUGGUUGGUCAAAGCUCCUAAACAGUGGUGAUAAAUUCUCAACAAUAACAAAAUAACGCCUAGGAUAAUGAUGGCCGCUUUGUCGUGUUGCUCUGCCGGCGUCUCCAAGGGCGCGUAUUGGUGCUGUGAUCCAGAUCUCUUUUUACGCUCUCCAAUGCGUUGUCUAUGUCCCCUGUCCACUGGCUCAAUCAUUGUCUUUCUUUUGCUCACUAAACUGUGAGUGUUCAGAAAUAACACACAGCAGAUGUGUUCAUGUUUAUUAAAAUGAUGACCUUUGGCAGUCAGUAUUUCCCUGUUUGGAAAAACUGGACUGCUCAAGAAUUUGCAGAAAGGAACACCAUGGUGUUCAUGAAGGUUUGUGGAAUUCAAGCCUCUCAUUGGCUGCUUUGUGAAUAUUUUACAAAAAGAAACCAAUGUGAACUUUUUGAAGGUGAAACAGGGGAGGGAUCAGCAACCUGAGUCAGUAUGCAUAUAUCUAUCUUAUCUUUUUUUAAGAAAUACAUUUUAUUUUCUGACAUAAAUUUUCUGAAAUAAAUAAAUUGUAGAAGAAUGUGAAACUUAAACCUCAAAACUCUGAUGCUGUAAUCUGUCCAAUGUGAGUGAGAAACUUUUUCAAAGCUUUCACCAGGAAAUGACGAUCCUUCCACUGCCAGCAUGUGUUGUGAAAUUUUCUUUUUCACAAAACAUGGACCUGAAAGACUUUUUGCAUUUCUAUAAAGUAAAAACCUUGAUAAGAUGUUGAAAUGAAGCAUUUGCUUAUAAUGAACACCAAGGAUUGAACUUUGGACCACUGGAGCUGCAGUCAAACAACUUUAUCUCUGAUCUGUAUCCCUUUAUUUGGAAAAGGAUCAAACUACAGUACUAAAUUCUCCAUACAAUCAUAGUUCCUUUAGACCUACUUGUAGGUUUUUGUUUAUUGAAAAUGGUUAUCUGUUAGUUUGCAGGUCCUGGAUGAAAGGGAUAAAUAGCUGCUACAUAUUUGCAAUGAACAAACAUAUUGCGUUUGCCACUUACGAGUUUAUCAUGCAAAGCAUAAAUACUCUGAAGUAUCAUCCCCUCUUUAAGAAAUAGGUUGCAAGUCAUUGUCACAAUGUGAUGCGAAAUCUGCUUUGAGUGAUUUAUAUAUAAUUAUAUGUUAUACAAUAUGGUAUACAGGCUCAGGACAAGUUUAGUCAAGAUUGAAUGAUCCAAACCCCCUGCUGUCUGACAAGUCCAUGUAGCUGCUCUUGGGCUGUACACACAUCUUCUUUUUAUGCAGGACAAGUUUUAAACUUGUAUCAUUUCCAGGAGUAUCCUUUCCCAAAUAAAACAUGGGACACAUGUGCAGUGGUCGGGAAUGGAGGGAUCAUGGCUGAAAGUGGCUGUGGAGAGAUGAUUGACUCAGCUCAGUUCGUCAUCAGGUGGGGAAGGUGUUCAUAAAGAGUAGACUGAAGAGCUCAUGAAAGCAUUAUUCAGAUCAUCACAGACCUUUUUUGUUGUUUGUUCAGAUGCAACCUACCUCCACUGAAAAAUGGCUUUGAGAAGCAUGUGGGCGUCAAGACCAACCUUGUCACAGCCAACCCGAGCAUCCUCUUAGAAAAGUGAGUAAGACAACAGAUUGUCCAGUAUUUUCACUUCAAAAUUUUCUGUUUUUAAUCACUUUGAAUCUGCUGUUGAUUUCCAGGUAUGGGUCUCUGAUGGGGCGUCGCCGUCUAUUUGUGGAGAAUCUACAGAUUUACGGCGAUUCCUUACUGCUCCUUCCUGCUUUCUCAUAUGGCGCUAACACUCCUGUAUCUCUGCGGGCUGCAAAUACAAUCGAGGACUUUGGUAGCCCCAUAAGGCCCAUCUUCUUCAACCCUGAAUACCUCCAGAAAUUGGCUGCCUUCUGGCAGGGGCAAAGCCUGCGGGCUGUGCGGCUCAGCACCGGGAUAAUGAUGGCUAGCCUGGCACUAGAACUCUGCAGAGAUGUGCAUCUGUAUGGGUUCUGGCCCUUUGGUUAUCAUCCUCAUAGAUUCUAUGACCUGAAAUACCACUACUAUGAUGACACACCAUUUCCAACCGGAUUUCACGCCAUGCCGGCUGAGUUUGAACUCUUGUUACAGCUGCACAGUCAAGGGGUGCUAAAUCUUCAUCUUGGAGACUGUUGA